CUGCUAUUAACAAAGAUUAUAUAAAAGGAAAAAAAAACAAAAAAACAAGAUCGAAUCAUUAUAAAAAGCUCGUUAAUGGUCACCAUCUUCCAUGCACAUAGAUAUCAGUAGUAACUCUCGAUCGACUCCUUUUAAUUAAUUAGUAUAUCCCAAGCUCGCUCUCUUCAGAUGGCAAAGAACUCACAGAGUAGUAGCGAUAAGAAGAACAGAGUGUGUGAGAAGAUCUUCAGAGCAGUGACGAGUCCUGUCCGAACUGUUCGCCGCAUCUCCACCAAACCUUCAAGUUCACCAAGCCACUCAUCUGCAGAGGCUGUUCGCGUCAAAUUUGCAGAGUCAUCGACUCAGGCGGCAGCCAAACCCAUCAUCACAAAGAUGAAGAUGGAACCGAAGAAGACGGUGAUCGCUCGAGUGGAGACGACUAUCAAAACCGACGAGAGGUUCACCGACUAUAUAAAGAAAGCGAAGCUGAAGAUAAGAGCAACGACGAAUCACGGUGAUCAUCAUAUUACGAAUGGCGACGAUGCGUGGGAGACGGAUGAGACACGUGAUGAUCAUCACCAACACCACCAUGUCCAUAUCUCUCACGUAGGUAGCAGUGGGAGAUCAUCGGAUCAGUUCUCGGAGUACAUAAAGAAGGCGAAGAUGAAGCUCAUGUCCUCUUCCACCAUUGCUCGUGCUAACCCAACUUUCAAGUGAUGUAUAUGUCGUCUAACAGCUGAUACAGAAUAAAUAAAGAAAGAUAAUCCUACCUACUGGCCUAACUAAGAGAGAUUGAGAUAUGCUUGAGUGUUAUAUAUGAUGUUGUGUGGUUUGAUACUAAAAAGAUUCUAUUGUAGUAUGAAUAAGUGCGACAUGCAUGUAUUUGUUGUGUUAAUUAAUGUUGUCUCUUAAAUAAAAAUAAUACAGUAUAACGACUGA